AGUCUGCGCGCAUCUCGGGAGCUUCGGGGUCUGGAAGUCAUGGCGUGGGACUAGUGCCUCGUAUUUGCGGAACCUGAAAACUUCCUUAAGCUGCAGUUGCUGUGCUCACCUCCUAGGACUUUCAGCAGCUCGUCCUGUCCCCUACCAGGAGAGGUCCAAUAUUUGAACACACACCUGGGAGAAGAACAACAAAAAGAAUGAGUGCUUCUCUGGUAAACACUUCACAGGGUCUGUUAGCCUUCAAGGAUGUGGCUCUGGACUUCUCACUGGAGGAAUGGGAAUGUCUCAGUUUUGCUCAGAGAACAUUGUACAUGGAUGUGAUGGUGGAGAAUUACAACAAUCUUUUGUUUGCCGCAAAUCAUCUCAUAUGUGGAAAACAUGGCAAGGUCCAAGACAUUGUCCAAGAUCAUGUGAAGAUACAAGAGAAGUCUUCUAAAUGCAAUGGGCUUAGCAACAUGAUUAAUGAAUCCACCCAAAGUACACCUUAUAAAACUAAUGACAGAGAUGUUGCUCUUCAAUCCUCAAAUCUAAAAAGACACAAAACUGGGAAAACCAGAGAAGUUUACAAAUAUAAUGACUGUGUAAAGUGUUUAAAUGAGUGCACUCUCAUUAGUGUAAAUCAAGGAAUACACAUAGGGAAGCAAGAAAACAGCAAUACAGAAUUUGUUAUUGAUUUUGUCCCUAAACAUAAACUGAUGCAGAAACAAACCAAUAAUGGCAAGAGGCUUUACAAAUGUAGUGAAUGUGAGGAAUGCUUUAGCCACAUAAAAACACUGAGAUGUCAUCAGAGAAUCCAUACAGGAGAGAGACCGUACAAAUGUAUUGAAUGUGACAGAUGCUUUACCCACAAAGGCCAUUUUAAUAAUCAUCAGAAAAUUCAUACAGGAGAGAAAUCAUACAAAUGCAGCAAAUGUGACAAAUUCUUUACUGGAAAAGUCACUCUGAGAGUCCAUGAAAGAAUUCAUACAGGAAAGAAACCAUACACAUGCACUGAAUGUGACAAAUGCUUUACCCGACUGUCCCAUCUUAGGACUCAUCAGAGAAUUCAUACAGGAGAGAAACCUUACAAAUGCACUGAAUGUGACAAAUGCUUUACAUUACAAUGCUAUCUUACGAUUCAUCAGAGAAUUCAUACAGGAGAGAAGCCUUACAAAUGCAGUAAAUGUGACAAAUGUUUUACCCAACAAUCCAUUCGGAAUAAUCAUGAGAGAAUUCAUACAGGAGAAAAACCUUACAAAUGUAGUGAAUGUGAUAAAUGCUUUACUGAAAAAGGCAAGUUGAGAAUUCAUCAGAGAAUUCAUACAGGAGAGAAACCUUACAAAUGCAGUAAAUGUGGCAAAUGCUUUACCCAACAAUCCAGUUGGAGUAAUCAUGAGAGAAUUCAUACAGGAGAGAAACCUUACAGAUGCAGUAAAUGUGACAGAUGCUUUACCCAACAAUCCAGUCGGAGUAAGCAUGAGAGAAUUCAUACAGGAGAGAAACCUUACAAAUGCAGUAGAUGUGGCAAAUGCUUUGCCCAACAAUCCAGUCGGAGUAAGCAUGAGAGAAUUCAUACAGGAGAGAAACCAUACACAUGCACUGAAUUUGACAAAUGCUUUACCCCCAAACUCCAUCUGAAAAGUCAUCAGAGAAUUCAUACAUGAGACAUAUAUUACUAAUAUUGGGUAACAAAUGCAUUACCACACCCUCAUUCUGAGAAAUCACAGAUUUCAUACAGUGGAGAAAAUGUAUUAGUGAAGUGCAUGGGAGAAUCCUUUAUGAAGAAAUGUCAUCUUAAAAUUUAUUACAGAA